AUGUCAGAUGGUGUUCGAUUGUCUGCUACACUCACUAUACCCAUUCCAAAACAGACCGAUGAAAAAUUUCCCGUUUUACUUGAAUACAAACCGUACAGAAAAGAUGACAAUUUCUACAAUUACAAUCAACCAAAUAUUUACUAUUUAGUACGACGGGGUUUUAUUGUAGCCAAAGUAGAUAUUCGUGGUACUGGUUCAUCUGAAGGUAUUUUGAUCGAGCACGAAUAUACAUCGCAAGAAUUAGACGAUUGUGAACGUGUUAUUGAACAACUCGCUGCUCAUUCUCAAUCGAAUGGUCGUGUAGGAAUGUACGGUUUGAGCUGGUCAGCAUUCAACUCUCUCAUGAUGGCUACCCUGCGACGACCACCAGCUCUUCGUGCUAUCUUAGCAGCACAUGGUUCAGAAGAUUUGUACAAAAAUGACAUUCACUUCAUGGAUGGAAUUCUUCAUCAAGAUGAGUACAUACUUUCUGUCGACCAUGAAAAUGCCCUACCUACCACACCUGACUAUGUCAUGGAUGAACAAUGGAUCAAGGAACGUUUCACAAGAAGACCUUGGAUCGAUGUCUAUCUUGAACAUCAGCUCGACAGUCCAUUUUGGAGGAAACAUUCGAUUAAAUAUGCCUAUGAUAACUUGACUGUACCCGCUUAUCUACUCGCCGGGUUAGAUUUCGCAAUUAAUAUUUAUGAAAAUGCUCGUAAGUCAUCAUCCAAGAUUAAAGUGGUCAUUGGUCCGUUCGUUCAUGCUAUGCCUGAAUAUUCUUAUCGCAAUCCUGGUCCAGGUUAUGAUGGCAAAGCUGAGAUGGUGAGUGCUACUGCACAUCUAGCUCACUGGAUUGUGCGUCUCGAAGACAUCGACAUCGAUAGUCAAGUAUGGCUCGUAACUGGAGCUGCUCUUAAUGGAGCUCAACGAGAAACGCCUCCUGCCUAUCUGGAACCGAAUCACCUAUAUAAAAUCAGAUUGCAGCUUCAUUUUACUACAUGGACUUUCCUGCCGGGUCAUCGCAUUCGUGUAGCCAUUUCCAACGCUAUGUUUCCUGCUUUUUGGCCAUCUCCAUUUUCCAUGAACACAUCACUUUAUCUGAACCCAUUGGCAACAUUCAUCGGCUUGCCCAUUAUUCCUUCGUUGCCAUCAGCGCCACCAUCACCACCACCAUUAUUUACACAACAACAGAUUCCAGUUGAUGACAUCAUUCCAGACUUAUUCUCGGGUGGAGAAGUACUAGCAGCUCGAAAUUAUGACACAAAUUUCGAUAGAACAGUGAUUAAUGAACAGAUUUCCUACGAUCUUCUACCAAAUGGUCGCUUCAUGUCUGCUCUCCUCGCUCAAAACUUUUCUUGUUCACGUUUGAAUCCGGCUGAUGUACGAUGGACCGCCGUAGCCCGACACGUCUAUGUAUUUGAUAUUCAUGGGUAUACAUCAAUUGACGAUGUACCCAUGAAGAAUGACGAAGAGAUAGCUGUCUAUCCAGAUGUGGAUCUGUCGACACGACGACAUUUUGAACUCACUACCGAGUUGACUUGCUAUUCGGAUCAAGAUUAUUUUUAUGUCAAUUUAAAACGUCAACUGUUCAAUCGAAUGGGAACAAAAAAUGAGGUCCCAUUAACAUUUGUAUUCAGUGGAAAGCACAAGAGGCAAUUUCAAUAA